UUUUAGUUAAUGACGGUGUAUUUCUACUCAUGAUUUAAUCAUGACAACGGAAAAACAAAGACAGCUGCCAUGGGGGCUCAACCCUGAAAAUAUCACCCCUGGAUCAAUGAAGACUAUAUCUGCCGAGAAAUUAAAGGCAUUUUCAGUGGGUAAUAUGAACAGUGUAAGACAGAAAAGUUCUAUUUCAAAGAAAAAAGAGGAACUUGAAGAACGAAAACGGGUUGAAGAACAAAAGCAAGCCAAGGUUUACGAAGAAUUUGUGAGGGAAUUUGAACAUGAUGCCCCUAAAGUCAAAACAUUCGUUAAAGGAGAUGUCAUCAACUCAGAAUCAAAAGCAUCCGAUAAAGGGAGGAUCUACAACCCUGCUGGUAUGAAGAGAUUAGAGGAACUCCAGAACGCUAAGUUGCUGGCUGCUUCAUCAUCCCCCGACCCUGAGACUAGAAAACCGGAUAAACCUAAGAAGAAGCAGAAGGAGCAGGAGAAGAAGAAAAGUAAUCUGGAGUUAUUUAAAGAGGAGCUGAAGCAGCAGCAAGCUGAGAGGGAAGAGAGACACCGGUUAAAGAAACUGGGCAUAAUCCCAAUGUCAGCCCCAGAGAUGAUAGGGUCAGGGUUUGAACCAGCUCCUACAGUCAGAGAACAGCUAGAAAACAGCCAGCUAGGAUCAGCUCUGUCUGCUGGAUUGAGCAGCAAACUCAGCUCUAUAAGCUACUACGACAGUGCGGUGGAUGAUCCCCACUCUACUAACUUGUACGUGGGCAAUCUCUCUAUGAAGAUAGAUGAGGAGCAACUCUGCAAGAUAUUCGGAGAGUUUGGUCCACUCGCCAGUAUAAAGAUAAUGUGGCCUAGGAACGAUGAGGAGAGAAAGAGAGACCGGAACUGUGGGUUUGUGGCGUACAUGUCGCGAGCUAACGCUGAAAAGGCACAACAAGCCCUGAAUGCGCACGAGUUGGAAGGUUAUGCUAUUAGAGUGGGGUGGGGCUCCAGCGUUCCAAUUCCCCCUCAUCCUGUCUACAUUCCUCCUCACUUAGCAGGUGAGAUGAGCGCUGCAAGUGUAACGGCUACUGGGCUACCUUUCAAUGCUCUCCCCAGAAAAACUAACGUCAGAUCCCCUCUCAUUCUGCCUCCUAAUCAACACGACGCUAACGAGUUGCUACGGGAGUGCAUUGUGUACGUAGUAGUUCCUCACGACAAACCAAUGUUAAACAGAAUAAACAGAAUAGCUCAGUUUGUGGUUAAUGAGGGCCCUAUGUUUGAAGCUAUGAUAAUGAACAAAGAGCUUAACAACGCAAAGUUCCAGUUCUUAUUCGAUAACAAGUGUCCAGAGCAUUGUUACUACAGAUGGAGACUAUACUCUCUGCUUCAGGGUGAGACAUUUUCCACUUGGAGAUCGGAAGAAUUUAGAAUGUUUAAGAACGGCUCAAUGUGGAAGCCUCCCCCGCGCCACUCUAAAGCUGACAUGAAGAUUAUAAAGAAGGCAGUGGAGACUGGGGAGGUUCAGAGACGAGGUCAACUCUCAAACUCACAGCGUGAUAAGUUAGAGGACAUGUUAAGGAGUAUGACAGUAGAAAGGGAAACAGUGGGCAGCUGUAUGUUCUGGUGUCUCCAACACGCAGAUGCAGCGCAGGAGGUAGUAGAGUGUAUCGGCGAGUCUCUCUCAAUCCUACAAACUCCUCCUACUGUCAAGGCUGCCAGGUUGUUCCUCCUCAAUGACUUGCUCUAUAAUAGUUGUGCUGAAGUACAGAACGCCUCCUCUUACAGAACCAAAUUAGAAACUAAGCUAGCGGAUAUUGUAAUAAACCUAAAGGCAACACUAGACGAGAUAAAAACGCACACUGCGCGCGAGAAGUACAAGUCCCAGGUGCUGGGCUGCUUGCGCGCGUGGCGGGAAUGGAACGUGUAUAGUCCUGAUUAUCUCGCACAACUGGACAUUAUCUUCGCUGGAGGCAAGAGUAAAGAGGUAGAUGUAGAUGAGGUAGAUGGGGUCCCGCUAGAUGUAGAUGGUGUGCCCCUAGCUAAGGAUGUGGACGGGGAACCACUGGCUGAUCCUGAGGAAGAAGAUGAGGACAUGUUUGAUAUGACUCCCAAGAAAAAUGUGUCGAAGGCGCCCCCGAUAAAGUCUAAAUGGGAAGAUGCGGGCCCCUCGCUGGGUUCUAAAUGGGAAGAAAGUAGCACAGCCCCUUCUCUGGGGUCCAAGUGGGAGAGCAAUGAACCGGCUAAGAAGAACUUGGAGAGUAGCUCUAAAUCUAGUGACGAGAAGAGGAAAAAGAAGAGGGAAAUUGAGGUGAAAGUAGCAGAGUAUAUCGACAAGUUAGAAUCAGGGAAAUGCACCAGAAUAAAACAGAUAACAACAAAUGAGCAGGCUGAAAUAUACAGAUAUCUCCUUUGUAAGGGAAAGGACGCUAAGAAGACGAUAAAGCACAUAGCAACAGGUAGAGAGAGUCUAACAGACCUACAAAGUGAGAUGAAAAGUAAGCCUCUCAGUUCUCCUAUUAUCAGUGGUAAACUAGCCGGGUUAGGAGGUCUGGUUAGUUACGGCUCCUCCCCCACUUCCUCCCCCUCUCCUGAACUAAAGAGAAGACGAGAACAUUCCGACAAGAAGAAACGAUCAGCCAGCCCAAAACACGAGAGAAAGAAGAAGUCGAGACACUGAACUAUUUAAUUUCUUGUUUUAUCACAUUUUUACUGCCCACUCGCGCACGUGACAAAGUUACUAAGUUACUCGCACGUGACAAAGUUACUAAGUUACUCGCACGUGACUAAGUUACUAAGUUACUCGCACGUGACUAAGUUACUAAGUCAGAAAUAAUCAAAGUAUUGAGAACUAAGUCCCUUUUUUACUUCCAAUUUUAGAGUACAGCAGUCAGAAGACCUCAUAUUAUUUAAUGAACAUCAACAGAGUUGUUACCAUAGUAACAGAGUUGUUAUGGUAGGAGUAAGAAAGUAUCUAGUUAUUGAAGAGCACCAGGUUUAAUGUUUAUACUGAACACAACUACUUGUUACCAUAGUAACCAGGUUUAAUGUUUUAAACACCACUACUCCUUUUAUUUUUAUCACCCAAGUACCAGGGUGUCUUUUCAACCCUUUUAGCUUCAUACUUUACACUGUUACGGGAGAAGGAGACAUUUUGUUAACGUGUAUAAUUUAAAUUUACUAAUUUUAACGAAACAAUAGUAUUACUGUCUGCUUCUGUUUAAUAUGCAAGAGCUGAGAUUUUACUAAAAAUUUGUUCAACCCU